AUGUCAUCCGCGGUGGAAGUUAUCAUAGUUGGUGGAGCAGUCUCUGGGCUCACCUUUGCUCAUUGCCUAAGAAAAGCCGGCAUCAGCUAUGUCGUACUCGAGAGAGGAGCUGAAAUCUGUUUCGCAGGCGGUGCCAGUAUCGGCUUGAUGCCUCACGGAUUGAGAAUUCUGGAUCAGCUUGGCUUAUGUGAUCAGAUCCUUCGGUUGACGGCCCCAGUCCACUCAUCCACAAGCCGUUUGCCCAACGGUCAGAAGUUUCGAGAAUCUCGCCUUCCAGAGGAAAUACAAAAGAGGCAUGGAUACCCAACCACAUUCUUCGAGCGAGAAGAACUUUUGAAGGUCCUGUACGACAACAUCCCGGACAAAGAAAACAUACAUACCUCGCAACAUGUUACUGAUCUUGAAAUCGGUGAAAAGCUGAUCGCGGUCAAAACAAAAAAUGGACGCGUUUGGAGAGCACCCAUCGUCGUCGGCGCAGACGGAAUACAUAGUAUGGUUCGAAAGCAUGUUUGGAAAGACAUUGACCAAGGCACCGGUGGCGGCCCUUCAUCAAACGAGUCUAAAGCCAUUGUAGCGGACUACUAUUGUACAUUCGGAAUGUCCGUCUACAAGAGCGAUGACCCUGAUUUUAUCGAGGGUAGCAGUCAUGUCAAUUUUGACCAGUUCCGAUCUUCUGUUGUCAUGAACUCCUCAAGGAACAAGCAUUUUUGGUUCUUGAUUGAGAAGUUCAACGAGCGCAAGAGCUAUCCCAAUAUCCCUCGCUUUGGGGAGACGGAUAUGGAGAAUAUGGCUGCCAAGAAUAGCGAUUUGAUGGUGACAGAGCACACGUCUUUUAGCGAUUUAUGGAGGCUACGGACAAAGUGUGCGAUGGUGCCUCUUGAGGAAGUUGUUUUUGAUGUCUGGCAUUCCAACCGCUUGGUCAUUCUCGGUGACGCGGCUCACAAAGUAACUCCAAAUGCUGGGCAAGGCGGCAACUCUGCUAUCGAGAGCGCUGCUGUUCUUGCGAACUUGCUCCAUAAAGCAAAAAAGUCGCACGAGAACCUUGGAAAUAUGACCACUGCAGAAAUAACCGAGCUAUUCGAGAACUAUCACUCCAAUCGGAAGGAUCGGGUGAAAGAGAUGUCCCAGACUUCUGCAUUUCUCACACGGUUACACGCACAGGAUAACAUAAUGCUCAAGGUGAUCGGACGCCACGUUUUUCCCAUCCUGGGAGAAGAUUUCGAACUGAAUGCGAUUUCAAACUUUAUGAUCCGGGGGCCGACUCUGGAUUUUAUUCCAGUGAAGACCAAGCCCGCAUUGAUACCGUGGGAGGGUUGGACCCUGCCAGAUUCGCUCAAACCUCGAGAAAAAGUCCUUUCUAUGGUCGCGACUUUGUUUCUCCUUGCUGCCUUCAGUGGUUUAUUAAGUACCAGGACGACUGCUCAAAGAAUCCUUUAUCCUUUAUCAUCCACCGUGUCCAUUUUCAGCAGUCUCCCAAGCCCAAGGGAUAUGAAGUCACUGAACGCGGUGCUCCCUGAACUCGGUUCUGACAUCACACGCUUGUGGGCCACCAUUUGUAUUAUUCUGAAUACUCUCCCCAUGGCAGGCAUCAUCGCAUCUGAGAGCUUUAGGGUAAAGAAUUUGAGGCUCAUAUCCGCCAGGUAA